CCUGCAAGUCAUGUGACCUUCCUGACCCAACUCGUGGUUUGUUUCCGGAGGCAUGGCACUCUGGCGGGCAUACCAGAGGGCCCUGGCUGCACAUCCGUGGAAAGUCCAGGUUCUGACAGCUGGGUCACUGAUGGGCCUAGGUGACAUUAUCUCACAGCAACUGGUGGAGAGGCGGGGUCUCCAGGAACACCAGACAGGCCGAACUCUGACCAUGGUGUCCAUGGGCUGUGGCUUUGUGGGCCCUGUAGUUGGAGGCUGGUAUAGGGUUUUGGACCGCUUUAUUCCUGGUACCACCAAGGUGGACGCACUUAAGAAGAUGGUGUUAGACCAGGGGGCCUUUGCCCCGUGUUUUCUAGGCUGUUUCCUCCCCCUGGUAGGGAUGCUCAAUGGAAUGUCAGCCCAGGACAACUGGGCCAAACUACAGCGGGACUACCCUGAUGCCCUCAUCACCAACUACUAUGUUGGCUGUUGUCCAGUGUGUUGCUGUUGUCUGGAACUCCUACCUAUCCUGGAAGGCACAUCAGCUCUAAGCCUCCCUGGUUCCAUGGCUUGCACCUUUAGCCUGGUGUGCUUGGACAUUGUCCUCAAAGGGUGUACAUCAGAACUGGAGAGGUGCCUCAGCUGCUAAGAUCAUGGACUGCUCUACAGAGGAUCCAAGUUUGGUUCCCAGAAGCCACAUCGCGUGGCUCACAACCACCCGUGACCCAAGCUCCAGGAGAUCUGAUGUCUUCUGGCCUCUAAAGCACCUUCAUUCACACCCACAUGUGCGGGAACAGACACUGACUCAUAUUUAAGCAUAAAAUAAAAUCUUUCUUACAAA